UGCUGUGUCAAUUCAGGAACUCAGUAGAACAAUGGAAUCCCAUGCUGAGGUAGAAAAUUUGGAUGAAGAUGGUUACACUCAAUUAGACUUCCACUCUCAAGGCAUCACUGGGAGACGUGUGGUGUUAGAGAAAGUAACUUGUGCUACAUCUCCUCAUUGGCGUUCCAUUGCUCUGACUUUGGGAAUCCUAUGCUUGCUAAAACUGGUCAUAGCUGUGCUCUUGGGUACCAUGGCUAUUUGGAAAUCCAAUUCAGGGAGCAACCCAUUGAAGAAUGAUACCUUUCCAUCAAGAAAUAAAGAGAACCACAGUCUACCCUCACAAUCAUCUUUAGAAGACCACGUGACUCCUACCAAGUCUCUCCGAACCACAGGAGAUUUUUCCAGCUCUUGUCCUCCUAAUUGGAUCAUACAUAAGAACAACUGUUAUCUAUUUAGCACAUCAUUAACUUCCUGGAAUAGAAGUAAAAGUCAGUGUUCUCAACUAUACUCUAACCUCCUGAAGAUAGACAGUGCAGAAGAACUGGAAUUUAUAGUAAAGCACAUGUCUUCUCAACCUGAUAAUUCAUUCUGGAUAGGACUUUCUCGCCAUCAGACUGAAGGACCAUGGCUCUGGGAGGAUGGCUCAGUGUUCUCUUCUAACUUGUUUCAAAUCAGAAGCACAGAAACCCAAGAAAGCUCAUCUCACAGCUGUGUGUGGAUUCACCUGUCAAUAAUUUAUGAUCAACUUUGUAGUGUGCCCUCAUACAGUAUUUGUGAGAAGAAGUUGUCAAUAAAAUGAUUGGGGUGUCACUGUGGAAGACCAGAGAGAAGUAUGUAAAAUAAUAAGAAGGGCAGAAAACAAAACAGAAAAGAGAUAUUUGAGGUCAAAAUAACAGCUAAAAAUAUCAAGAGAGCUCAGCCAACUUUAAUCUUAGAUGAGAAUGGAGAAGCUAUAAUUCUGCACUUGCCAAAUGAAUUGAAAGACCAGUAUUAGGUUCUAGUUAAUACAGCCCUAGAAAUGGAGUCAGGUCAGCUGAACUUAUAUCUUUUGAUUUAAUAUUAACAUGGAAUUUGCCAUAAAUCCUUGGUGUUUCAAUAAGAUAAUUAUUUCUGGGUCUACUAGGGUUGCUUUUUGUCCUUAAAAAUUGUCCUUGGAGUACAUAUGUUGUGUUUCCAUGACGUGUUUCUCCAUCUCUAAUAGUGUAUCAGACGCAGGUAGAAGGAAGGAUGUAUCUCUGAACAGCAAAAGGAAAUGAAAAAAAUAUCUUCAC